AAUACAACGUAAUCUGGAUUAACUACUCCUUUUUGGUUGGCAGUAGUCAUGAGCAGACGGAGGUUAGAAGCCAGCUCCUCCAGUCCCUUUCGAUAGUUGUAACUUCAUUCACAUGAAGAAUUAUUUGUUUCAGGAGUAUUUGCACUUUCAAUUACCAUAUUCUCUACAACAUCAAAUUUAGGAUCCAUCUUCACUAUGUUUGGUUACAGCAGUCGUCGUCAUUUUAGAGAGAAUGAGGUGAUUCGAAAACGUGUAUCCGAAGAGGAGAGAAUUAAGAAGUGGUCGGAUGUUAAAGAUUAUUACAAAACAUGUGACCAUUCUAGCAGCAAGUUGACCCACUGGGCUUCAUCGCAAAACUCCAGCAGCAGGUCAGUCACUCCAGAAAUGUCAGAAAUCGAGGAGAAAAAGAAAAAUUUGGAUGUGCGAAGACAACAGUUGAAGAACCUAUUGGAUAGUGAAAUGGAAAUAUUCCAAAAAGAACAGAAGGAAUACUCCAUCGUCGAUUUAAAACCAACUGUGAACAUAGAGAUGAAAAGGAAAGAAGAGGAACCUGCUGUGAGAGAAGCCGAACUCAUGCUUUACCACUCCAACUCUUUCAUGACGCCAAAUCAAUACAAUCGGCAAUACCGCCAUCUUUCAAGGAAGGCUGCCAAAGAUGAUUUAAAAUUAUUGGAAGAUACCAGUGACUCCAAAGCCCAGCCUUCUUCAGGCUUUCCUGAUUCUGAAAAUCAGUUGAAAGUGAGACUUCUUGAGGCACAAAUAGCAGAUAUCGAUUCAAAAAUUGAUAAAUUAUUUGAAUUAAUCAGAUUGAAUGACGAAGAGCAGCGUAAAUUGAAAGAAUUGGAAGUCGAAAAAUCCAGAAAAGCUCUAGAAGUUGAUAACAUGUUUCAGGAAUUAUCCAUUAGUGAAACAAGUGCUCCAGUACCAGACACUACUCGUUACGAGCAAUGGAAACAUAAAUGCUUGUGCGUCCAGAAUGAUCUGAAAAAAGCUUUGCAUUUCGUUCAGCAGAUGAGAGAGUGUGUCAGCGAUUGUGAAAUGGACGACGGUUUUUUGAGUAUAUUGCUUCAUCAUAAUACGUCUCUUGAAGAGAGUCUCAAGUUUGAGUCGAGCGGGGAUCGUCUAAUACAUCUUUUAGAACGAACUCGCAGAGAACCCAACAAGAAAUGGUUCCAAGAGGAGAUGACCAGAUGGCAAGACCAAGCAACUCUACGGCAAAAGACUCAGAAAGAGAUUUAUGAUGCGUUUCGAUCACUGGUGCAGAGCUGGACAAGCAAAAACCUUGACAAAGUGUCUGAACUUGUGGAGAAUGAGAAUAAACUAUUAGGCCAGCUGCAAAUUAUGAAAAACGCAAAAGAAACAGCUCAAAAUCAGCUGAAACCUGAUCGGUGAUAAAUUACUCAGUGUUGAUUAAUGUGUUGAUGAACUAGAACUUCUUAAUUUAGUUGACGCAUUUCAAGAAAAGCCGACACAAAAGGGAGGCCCUGCCAAAAAUAUGUGCAAUAAUACUCUCAAAACAUACAGCUAAUCCAACUGCCAAUUUUUUAGAAUAUUUUUAUUUUUGUAUGACCAUUCUUUAUGUUUUAUUCUAUUUUAUUUUUGUACGACCAUUUUUUAUGUUUUAUUCUAUUUUAUUUUUAUGACAAUUUUUUAUUUGUUAUUUAUUCUAUUUUUGUAUGAUGCCACAUCAUUAGACUGGUGUGAAAUGUUCAAUAACUGUGAUAACGUU